AUGUCUCAAGGUGUUCUAUAUAUCAUCCUUAAUUUCACACAGAGAUAUCACCUUGUUGCCCGUUUGCAUGGGCACCGAGGGGCCAUCAACACGCUCGCCUUCACGCCAAAUGGGCAAAUCCUUGCUAGUGGGAGUGAUGAUGAAACCGUGAAACUCUGGUCGACGGAGAAAGCUAUAUGCUUGCAGACCUUGGUAAACGAAGGGCAAGGCUGGGGUCAAAUCACUGCAAUGGCAUUCAUAGGCUCUGACGGAGAGUGGUUAAUCUUCGGUGCUGGUCGGGGUCUUGUAUGCAUCUAUGGGAGAGCCCCAGGCGGGCUCUACCGUGAAAUGGCCGCUGUUCCGGAUUUCAAGGCUACCUUCCGUCAGGAAUGGUCGCGGAACAACGUGGCGAUGAUUCCCCGCUCAUCGGCAUUUGUUAAUCUAGGAAGAGACCUUUUAAUCUUUGGUCUAAAUACAGGAGAUGUUACAACAUUAUCCUCCGGCAAAGGAGAGAUGGUGUCAAGGCACCAAUUAGACUGCCCAAUAGGCUCUGCAGUCAUCAACAGCACAGCAACGCUCUUUCUUCUGCACAAUAUAGGCACAGGAUUCGCCCUCUACAACCUCGCCACUGCAUCCUUGGUGCAGACAAUACCUGUCAAUUCCGCUAUGCCCAUUGUGACUGAUAUCAAGUUUGGCGAAAACAGCGCCAUAGCCACUGCAGGCGGUGCGGCAAGCAAAGCCUAUGUUAUACACUUGGAAAGCGGCCGCAUUGUCCAACGACUUAACCAUGGCAGAGGGCCAGUUCAAGCCCUGGAUACAGCGUGCAUGGGAGACUGCCAUCUCAUUGUCUGUGGGUCAUCCGAUGAUUUCCCAGACAUAACACUAUGGGCAAAACCUAUGAAGCUGUCUAUGCACCGCCGCUGGGCCGGUUCUGUAUUUGAAAACCCGCUCCUCUGGCUUUGCAUCUUUGUCCUCUUUGUCCUCGCGUAUCAAAUGCGCGGGGCAUGGGCAUUGUUUCUCAAUAAGGAAACAACAUUUGUAGUGCGCAAGGUCGACAUCUCUGAUCAAGCCACUCAUAAGGAUGUCCAAGGGUCAUCUGUUCCUGGCAUUCUUUACGAUGAUGACCUCUUCCAAGAGGGCGAUGAGCCGUUCCACUUCAAGAAAUGGAUCUUGAAGGGGCGGGCCCUGGAAAGUCAAUGGAAGGCAAGAUCUGUUGGAGUUGUGGAGGAAGGCGAGGAUGGUAUUCCUCCGAACAUCAUCGAGUGGGCCAGAAAGGUGGGGGGGAGGAAGGCACAGGUCAAAAAGGUGGGCAAUGAUGGAGUGGCUGAAGUUCAAGAGCGAGUUGUCGAUGUAAUUUGGUUGUAG